AUGGCUUCCGAUCUGGAAACACUGAUUGAUAUGGGCUUCGACAAGGAGCGCGCUGAGAUUGCCGUCAAGAAAUCAGGAGGCCUCCAGGGUGCUCUCCAGUGGCUUGAGGAUAACCAGGACAAGCCUAUUGAUGAGAUCAAGGCUGCUGCUGCCGCCCAAGAGGAAGAUGACGAUGAUGAAGACACCGAGGCCAAGAUCAAGGAGAUCGAGACUGGCAAAGCUGCUUCCCUUGUCUGCAAUGAGUGCGGCAAGAAAUUCAGAAACCAUGAUCUUGCUACCUACCACGCGACCAAAACCGAGCACACAGACUUUUCCGAAUCAACAGAGGAGAUUGCUCCCCUGACCGAAGAUGAGAAGAAGGCUAAACUCGAGGCGCUCCGCGAGCGCCUCCAAGCCAAGAGAGCCGUUCAAUCCGUCAAGGACAAGGAGGACCAGAAGCGCAAUGAGCAAAUCCGUCAAAAGUCCACCAAGGAGAGCCAGGAAGCCAAGGAAGAGUUGGCCAAAAAGCAGGCCGUCAAGGAAGCUGCAGCAAAGCGACAGGAGAAGCUGGAGGAUCAAGAGGCCAAGCGACGCAUCAAGGCCAAGAUCGAGGCCGACAAAGCCGAACGACGCCGAAAGGCAGAGGAGGCCAAGGCCGCCAGAGAGGGCCGAGCUCCCCAGGCUGAGGCUGCUGCUCCUAGCAGCGCCGACACUAUUGCCACUGCGGUUAAGCCCAAGAGCAACCACAGCGAGGCCCGACUUCGCCUGCAGACAGGCGGUGGAAACAUCACCAAGACUCUGCCUGCCGAGACAACAUUGUUCGAGUUGGCACAACAGGUUCAGAGCGAGACAGGAAACCCUGUCACCAGCUUUACCACUACCUUCCCACGAAAGACCUUUGAGGGCGAUGUUGACUUCUCCAAGACUCUGAAGGAGGCAGGAUUCGUUCCUUCAUCUGUUCUGAUUGUUAAAUAG